AUGAGCCUAUCGGCUGAUGAUCCUCGGCCAACCAGGUUUGUUGUCCCAUGUUUGUUUUUCUUGUGGAUAAUGUUGUUGGAGCCAUCGUCAGCAACGGGCAAGGCCACGCAUUUCUUCAGAUGGAAGGUGGAGAAUAUGCAUUGGAAGCCAGAUGGCGUGGAAGGUGUGGUCAUGGGGCUCAAUGGCCAGUUUCCGGGCCCGACUAUAAGGGCUCGGGCCGGAGACACUAUUCAUGUUGAGCUCACUAACGGGCUUAGCACUGAAGGAGUUGUCAUUCACUGGCAUGGCAUUAGACAGCCGGGUACAUACUUUUACCAUGGACACUACGGGAUGCAGAGAUCGGCGGGCUUGUACGGCAUGCUGAUAGUUGACGCGGCACAAGUAGAAAAGGAAAUAUUCCAAUACGAUGGGGAGUUCCACAUGUUGCUCAGUGAUUGGUGGCAUAAGUCCACGCAAGAACAAGAAGUUGACCUUUCAUCCAGGCCCAUGCUUUGGAUUGGCGAGCCACAGACCUUACUGAUUAAUGGGAGAGGCCAAUACAAUUGCUCCAUGGCGGUGCAUGUUAGCAAUACGUCCGCAAGCGCGUGCACAUUAACAGGCACUGAACAGUACGCGCCCGACAUCCUCCGCGUCCAGCCAAACAAGACCUACAGGCUCAGGAUAGCAAGCACCACUUCGUUGUCCGCACUAAACUUCGCCGUUGGGAGUCACAAGCUAGUAGUGGUGGAAGCCGACGGCAACUACGUGCAGCCUUUCACCGUCAACAACCUCUACAUUUACUCGGGCGAGACCUACUCUGUCCUCCUCACCACCGACCAAAACCCAACCCAAAACUAUUGGGCCUCAAUCAACGUAGUGGGGCGUGAGCCCAAUACUCCCCCUGGCCUAACCAUCCUCAAUUACCUCCCACACCCGGCCCAAAACCUCCCCACCACGCGCCCGCCGGUCCCACCCCUAUGGAACGACUCCCAGUCCGCCAAAUCCUUCGCCCACAGGAUCCUCGCCCUGAGGGGCUCACCUGCACCGCCACGCAGGCACCACAGGAGAAUAUACCUCCUGAACACGCAGAACACGGUAGACGGGUACACCAAGUGGGCCAUCAACAACGUGUCCCUUGUCCUCCCACCCACUCCCUACUUGGGCUCGAUCCGUUACGGCCUGAAGUGGGCCUUCGACCAGAAGAGCCCCCCCAACGGGUUCAGCCCAAGGUACGACGUGACGAGGCCCGGGCCCAACCCGAACGCGACUAUCGGCAACGGGGUGUACACGCUGGCGUUCAAUACGACGGUGGACGUGGUCCUGCAGAACGCCAACGCGCUCAAGGAGGGCGUGAGCGAGGCGCACCCGUGGCACCUGCACGGCCACGAUUUCUGGGUGGUGGGCUACGGUGAGGGGAGGUUCAGGGAUAGGGACGAGGAAGGGUUUAAUCUGAGGGACGCGCCGUUGAGGAACACGGCUGUGAUUUUCCCGUACGGAUGGACGGCGCUGAGGUUCGUGGCGGAUAAUCCGGGGGUUUGGGCUUUCCACUGCCACAUAGAGCCGCACCUUCACAUGGGGAUGGGUGUGGUGCUUGCGGAAGGCGUGCGGCGCGUGCCAAGGAUACCCAAGGCUGCGCUCGCCUGUGGGCUCACCGCUGAGAUGUUCAUGGGCCGCCAUUGAUUUUAUCAGUAUUGUGCUCAAUUAUUCUCUCUAAAUUAACCCGCCUCCUAUUAUCCCCAAAUUUUAUGUAUUAUUAGGUUCCACGCAGCAAACUAUUUACAUUUACCUUUAUCAUUUGAUGAAUUUUCAAAUUGAUGAGUCGCAACAAACAGCAGUCACACCAUUUGCAUUUGAGAACCAAGUGGAGUCCAAGAAGCAACUUAAUGUGUCACUAUAUAAUAUCCCCCAAUCAAUUAAUAAGCACCAUUAAUCUCACAUUAAAAUAAAAAAUUUAUCAUAA